AUGCCACGUCGUAAUAGCAACUUUCCAUCCACUCCAUUAAUUGCCACCAUUGACAUUGGUACAACUUCAGCAAGAGCAAUUUUGUUUUCACAAGAAGGGCAAGAGAUUGCUAAACACCAAAUAGAAUAUUCAACAACUGCAUCAGAAGCACCAGAACAUUCGCAAAACACCGAUCAAUUCAGAAGAAGAUCGUCUUUGCUAAGACACGAUGAACCGAUUUUUUCAGCUGAAGGUAUUGCCAUUUCAAUUACCGACAAUGUUGAAAUUGAAAAUAAUAAAUCAUCAGUGGGGCCCACUUUGAGAUUCCCCCAACCUGGUUGGGUUGAAUGUAUGCCGGUUCACAUUUUGGCCAAUGCUGUUCAAUGUUUGGUUGCUUGUUUGAUUACGUUGAGAAAGAUUAACCAAAACCCCAAUUUAAAGGUCAAAUACAAGGUUAAAUGUAUUGGUAUUGCCAAUAUGAGGGAAACCACUAUUGUCUGGUCGAGGAAAACUGGUAAGCCUUUGAGUGGGGGUAUUACUUGGACUGACACGAGAACAGCCGAAAUUGUACAACAUUUGGAAAAAAUGAUUGACGAAGAUAGAAAAGCUGAGUUAAAGGAAAAGACUGGAUUGCCGUUAUCUACGUAUUUUUCAGCAGCAAAAUUGAGAUGGUUGUUGGAUAAUGACGAUGUUAUUAGAGACGAGUAUGAAAAGGGCGAUGGUAAUUUGAUGUUUGGUACUGUUGACACUUGGUUGAUUUACAACUUGACCAAGGAAAAAUCAUUUGUUACUGACAUUACCAAUGCAUCAAGAACUUAUUUUAUGGAUUUAGAAACUCACGAUUAUGACGAUGAUUUAUUAGAUUUUUGGGGAAUUGACCCAACAAGAAUUAGAUUACCCAAGAUUGUUUCAUCAUCGGAAUAUUAUGGUGCAUUUACCGCACCAAAUUUGUCUAAUUUAGGAUUCCACAAUAAAAUCACUCAAGAAGCUUACGAUAUUUUGAAGACAAUUACUGGUGUUCCAAUUUGUGGUUGUUUGGGUGAUCAAAGUGCCUCAUUGGUAGGGCAGUUGGCAUUAAAACCUGGUUCAGCUAAAUGUACGUAUGGUACUGGUUGUUUCUUAUUAUACAACACUGGUCCACGCAAAUUGAUUAGCUCUCAUGGUGCAUUGACUACAUUUGGAUUUUGGUUUCCUUCGCUUGGAGGUGAUGAUGGUAAGCCGCAUUAUGCAUUAGAAGGAUCAAUUGCAGUGGCUGGGUCCAUCAUCCAGUGGUUGAGAGAUAACUUGAAGAUGAUUAGUAAUGCCCAAGAUAUCGGACCUUUGGCAUCACAGGUGGAAAACUCGGGUGGGGUUGUGUUCAUUCCUGCAUUUAGUGGAUUAUAUGCACCAUACUGGGAUAGAGGUGCCAGAGGUACAAUUUUUGGUAUGACUCAAUAUACCUCAGCCUCGCAUAUAGCACGAGCAGCCUUGGAAGGUGUUUGUUACCAAGUACGAGCCAUUUUGAAAGCAAUGGGUAGUGAUGCUGGAUCUUCGGAACAUUUUAUGGAAGAAGCACGUACAUCACAGGAUGAUAAGCAACCAUUGUCGCAUUUGGCGACUGAUGGAGGUAUGUCGAAAGCAGAUGAAGUGUUGCAAAUCCAAGCUGAUAUUUUGGGACCAUGUGUGACUGUUAAACGAGCCAAAAUUUCUGAAUGUACUGCUUUAGGAGCAGCUAUUGCUGCUGGAGUAUCGUUCAAGAAUGAAGAAGAUCGUAUAUGGAAAAAUUUUGAUGAUGUUGUAGAAAAGAUUACCGGUCAUUCCGACGAUGCCGCCAAUACAUUUAUUGCAGAAAUGCCUGAUGCAGAAAGAAGAAAGAAUUGGAAACGUUGGGAAAAGGCCAUUGACAGAGCCAAAGGAUGGUUGGAUGAAGAUGACUAG